AAAGCCUCUCCCACACGCACAUUAUAUCUGUCACAACUCGGAAUCGAGUUCCUCUCCUUUUCUUACAGAGAGCACCCACAAUUACACGGGCUCCCGGGGCGGAAAAUCUCGUGGCGGAUAGAACCAGAGCAGCGGCGUGGCUACACGGGUCAGCCUGAGAAGAUAGUCAGAUAUGGUCCUAACGGGCAGCGGGGAUCCCCGAUCUGUGGGAUGCAAUCAUUAGCGGCGGCAUCACUUACAACGGCGGCGGCGUCCUCGGCCCGGACUCACGCACCAGCAGAGAUAUGGCUCCACCAAUUAAGACGCCCGACAAAUCCCUUGUUCAGAGAUAAAAAUUCACCUCUUAAUGAAAGGGUACUCUCUUCACUGUCCAGGAGAACUGUUGCUGUUCAUCCUUGGCAUGAUCUAGAGAUAGAUUAUGUGCGUUGCUACCUUGAUCAGCACACGUCCUUGAACUGCUUUCCUAUAUGCUUGACGGUGGCUGGUGGUGUUUUGUUCAGAGCCAGCGUUAGCCUAAAGCUGGAAAAUCCCGAUGGUGCUGUGAUUGCUAACAAGGUAACAUGCUAUGGAAGCAAAGGAUUAAAAAACAAGCUUCUCAAGGAGGGAGACGAGUGGGAGAAUUUUAAAUGUAGAGAUGAAGUUGAAGGGUUUAUCAUAAAUGUUUUUUUUUUUUUCAACUUUGAUUAUCAUUUCUUAUGUCGACGAGUGGUGCAAUUCAUUAUCCACACUUCGAUGGAUAGGACUCAAUUUCAUUCUAGCCUCACACCUCUCAAAUUUAAUUUGGGU